GUUGUGAAUUUAUUUACAGGUUAAACUUCUAAUGAGAGUUCAUCACAAAAAUUUGACCUCCCUUAUUGGUUAUUGUAAUGAAGGAACCAAUAAGGGUCUCAUAUAUGAGUACAUGGCUAAUGGAAACUUACAAGAACAUCUUUCUGGUAAACGCAGCAAAACAAAAUUUUUCAGCUGGGAAGACAGACUUCGUAUUGCAGUGGAUGCAGCCUCAGGAUUGGAGUACCUGCAAAAUGGUUGCAAGCCUCCUAUAUUCCACAGGGACAUAAAAUCUACAAACAUCUUGUUGAAUGAACACUUUCAAGCAAAGUUAUCUGAUUUUGGUCUAUCCAAAAUUAUCCCAUCUGAAUGGGGAACUCAUGUGUCAACUGUUAUUGCCGGUACUCCGGGUUAUCUCGACCCUGAGUACUACACAACCAAUAGAUUAACAGAGAAGAGUGAUGUUUAUAGCUUCGGUGUUGUUCUUUUGGAGAUAAUCACAAGUAAACCAGUGAUAACAAAAAAUCAAGAAAAAACUCAUAUAAGUGAAUGGGUUAAAUCCUUGGUUGCGAAAGGUGAUAUCAAGGCCAUUGUUGACUCAAGGUUAGAUGGAGAGUUUGAUAGUAACUCAGUCUGGAAAGUAGUAGAAAUAGCAAUGGCCUCUGUGUCUCCAAAUCCCAACAACAGGCCAAUCAUAAGUGAGAUAGUCACCGAACUGAAGGAGUCUUUAGCAAUGGAAUUAGGUCGGACUAAAUACAGCAGUGCCGAUACUAGAGAUUCAAUUAAACCUGUCACCGUGAAUCUGAAUACUGAAUUUAUUCCCCAGGCUAGGUAAACAUUGCCCAAGAUAAGAUGACUAUACUCAAGAGUGGUUUUCCUCUUGCAAUGCCAGAAUGAGAUCAAGCCACACAAGUGAAAGUGACACCACACUAGUUGUGAAUAGACCCUUUAAUUUGCAUGUUGUUUUGAGUGAUACUUGUUUAAGUGUUAUAAAUGUCCUCCAUGUGACUGUUUUUAGGAUUGGUGAUUAAAAUGGAGUGUGCAAAUAGAAGAAAAAUAAAUAGUUAGGAAUGAAUUUCGAUGUA